AUGGAUUCCAUAACCAAUAAUAGACGAUCCGUGGAAUUCAAUGCCCCAACUAAUGAUGCGCAAGAUCAAAAAUUUGAGCAAAAGCAAAAGCUUGUCGACAAAACAGCAUGUACAGACGAAAUGAAAAAAUUGCAUGCAGAGGAAAGCAAUAAAAAGGAGAAUAAUCUGAAACACACUGCGACUACCUCAUUAAAGGAGGAUCUACCUCAGCUUGAUGCCAUUACUGACGGGACGAUAGAGUCAUCGAAAAGAUCAAAAGAACUUACCAAAAAGUCUUCAGAUUCAAUUAAAAGGCCAAGAAAGAAGAGGAAAACUUUCAGCUGUGAGAUUUGCAGGAAAUUUAAAACCAGAUGUGAUUUUGAGCCCUUAGUUGGAAAGUGUCAUCGUUGUAACAUUCUUCAACUGAAUUGUUCUUUAACUGUGGAUCGCAAAAAUGAAAUUGCUAUCGCUAUGGAAAAUUCAUAUAAUACUUCAUCUACCUUCCACGUUGAUAAACCAAUGAUAAACAAGAUAGUGUUGAAGGAUAAUUCUAUUUCUAAAACAAAAUAUGUGCCAAAAUCAAUUGAGCAUAUUUCAAAGGCUGCUACUACUGCUACUAAUUUAGCCGAUGAAACGGCUGUUGCAAUCGAAGCAUCAAAAGUAGGAACGCCUUUGACAUCUAAGGCAUCACAAUUACCUCAAGAUACUAAAGUCCUACCUGUUAGAGAAUCUCAUUCAAUUAGUAAUGAAACGGCAUCAGCUUCUGAUACAUCCUUAUCUAAAAUAAAUCUCGCGUCAUCACCACAUAACACAAAUAUUCCAUCUAUUGAGAAAAGACUAAACCAUUUAGAAAAAAGCUUUUCAAAAUUACAUACAAAACUAGACGUUAUAAUAUCCAUUCUACAGGGCUCAGGGACUAACUCAAUAACUGGCUUCGGCCCGUCAUCAACUAUAAAUACGGGAAAUAGUGCACUGGAAAACAGUAAUGCUCGUAAUGCUUUUAACGUUGUCCCUUAUAAUUAUAGAAGAUUUUCUGCCACUAACUCAACUUUGAUACAGGAACAGAAUGCAGGUAAUGAAUUUUCUGUUGGUUUUGUUUCUAAAACUCCCAUAUGUGAUGGAAUUAAAUUAAAAGAACCGCCUUUGAAAUUAAUACGUGAUAUUAAUGAACGCUUAUUUCCUACUAGGGCAAUAUCCAAAAAGGACAAAAUUGCUCUACAACAAAGGCCAUUUGUUGUUGCAAGAAUUAAUUUCUUGAAUUUUUUUAAUAAAAAUAGGCAGUUAUGUAAAAUUUUGACGAAAGAAUUUUUAGUUAGGUCACAGUUUUGGAUUAUACCAACUAUUAAAGAAAUAACUGAUGAAUAUGCAAAUAAUCAUUUAUUUAUUACUAGUGUAUUCACAAUAAUUGCUAUGAGUUUCGAUGACGAAGAAAAAUACGGGCAAGAACAAGAAGAGCUAUAUCCAUUGGUUGAAAGGUUAUUAACCAAUACUCUAACCAUGUUUGAAAAACUAACAGAUGUCGAUAUAGAGGCUAUUCUAUAUUGUUCUAUGUUUCAUAUAUCAAGAAAAGCAAAGCGUCAUAGACAAUUAAGGUUUAAUUCUCUAGUAUUGACAAAUUUUGCAAUUCAGAGCUUAUUAAAUGUAGUUGACUUCCAUAAAAUUAGGGAGAGAGUAAUUAUACAUGAAGAAUAUAACAACAAGGACCUUUAUCAUCUAAGAAUUUUAAACGCCUUAACAGCAUGUAAUUUAGAGUAUUCAAUAAGCUAUGGUACGGUAUCAUCUCAAGAUGUAAUGGUUAAGGAAUUCAAUAAUCUUACAAUAAGAUUUCCACAAUCUACUCAUUCAGAUAAUAUUAAAGUAAGUGAAAUUAAUUUAAGUGAGACAGUUAAUUCGAUCUUUUUAGAUUUUAAAUCAUAUUUUAAAAAUUUUAAGAUGAGCUAUUAUAGAAGCAUUAAUGAAAGCAAUGAUCAAUCUCCAAAAGAUGAAGCUAUCACUUUUAUUGAACUAGAAUAUUGGUUACAGAAUUGGGAUGAUUUAUUAUCCAAAAAGGGUACUGGCAUCUUGCUGUAUAUGUAUGAUUUUUACUAUGUGAUGAUCUGUAGAUCAUUUAUCUCUGAAUUUUUACCGGAAUUACAAGAGAUAUCAAAUUUAUUGAAAUAUACAAUAUAUACAAUGAAGAGUCAUUCAUUUUCAUUGCUAAAUGGAUUCUUAAGAUUAGCACCGCAUAUAAUAAAAGGUUCACCGAUAUUUACAACCCACCAAUUAGUUUAUGCAUGUUUAACAUUGUGUGACUUUCUACAUUGGUUUGAUUUAUCUGAAAGACAGCACGUAUUGAAUAUGUGUACACGUGUUUAUUGGCACUUGAACACAAUUGGUGAGAAAAAAAACGAAGCAACUGAUAAUGUCGGUACAAUUAUCAAAUCUAUUAUUGAUACGAGUAAACGGAGGGUCAGUUUAAUUAACUUCCCAGUUCCUCCUCUACCCCCAUCGGUUCAAGGGCAAUAUAGCAGUUCUAAAUCUAAUACAGCAGUGAUAUCUUCUUCGGCAAUAGCCGUUUAUAAUAAGGAUAAGAAUGGAAGUGAGUCACCAGACAGUGUUCAUUCGCAUGCCAGUACAGCAGAGGUGAAUGCGGGAAAUAUAGUGUUCCCAGAUGUUGAUCAGUUUAAUUCAUUCGAAGAUUUCUUCCAAGAUUUUUUUGAUCAUUUAAAACCAACUGCUCAGAGAAUUUUCUCAGGAGCCCAACCUAGAAACCCACAUCAUUCAAUCUCACGUUCUAAAUGA